UACAACUCCUAAAUUCGGAAAAGCAGGUCGAACGACAAUCCCCCAUAACGCGCAGCAGAGUGAGAGGGCGGGACUCUUGACGGCGCUGCUGAUUAAGAGCGGUGCAGAGAGAUGGACCUCAAGUCGGCGGAUGAUCCGAGCCUCACGGACGAAGGGAGAUGGUUUCCGGGUUCCCCUCUCCCAGCGGCCCCAGUGCAGAUAAUCGACGUACCGCAGCGCGCGCAGACGAUGCUGGACGACGGGAUGCAAGUCAGGAGCAGCGCCGCUCCCAGCGAGAACGGGGUGGGUCCUCCCGCGUCCUUGGCUAUGUUUGGGACCGCGGGGGGCAUCUCAAACGUGUCUGUCCCACGCGAUGGAUCUGUCAGCGGGGAUCGUGGCGUGCGGGUGGCGCAGGAGCCCGACAUUUACGACGUCAUCGAAGCCGACAACACGGCGAUGGAACGGGUCACCAGGUCGAAAGCCCGCGACAUCGCCAACUCGACACCGACCCACUCGAGCAACCACAGCAUUAUCGGAAGGGGGAUCCUCAAGAGGGGCAAGAGCAGCAGACGUCCCGGGAGCGAUUCCGUCCGCGCAGGAUUCAGCGACGUCAAAUCCGUUUCAAGGUUUGACCCUGACGAGCCGCCACGGAGCUACCUACAGAGCAGGGAAGAGAGCAUGCUCGGAGAGGGAUCAGUGGCGGCGUCUCCAGGCACCAUGCUGGGCAGACAUCUCGGACGCCUGAACUUCCCCAGCCACCACCAGAAGGGAAGCAGCCCCAGUAGGCAGUCAGAGGUCUCGGCGAUUCAGACCCCCGGUGAUCCCCAACCGGGCCCCUGGCAGCGUGCCCCCUCCAGUGUGGGCAGCCGCUUCUCUGUCCGGCGUUUCAUGACGGGUUCGAGGAUGGGGUCCUUCAAGAGGGCCUCGGGCAUGGACGAUGAUGAUCAAGACUCGAACCUGUUCUUCGACCGGGUCUACUGCGCCAACCCGCAGGAAAAGAGGCUCUUCCCGUCGGCCCACCUGGUCCGGGUUCUCGCCGUCGCUAACGCUGGCCUGGGCGUUCUUUACCUGCACUGGCGGUACACGAGCACCUUCCCGCCCACGAUCGACCGUUGGGAUUACAUGUCUUGGAAGCUGUACUGGUGGUGGCUGUUCUUCUCGGCAGAGUUUUUCCUGGCCAUCGCCGUGUGGGUCGGCCUGGCUCAACGUCUAUUCCCCGUGCAGCGGAUCAAGGUCACCAUGGACGACAUCACGUCCGUCGACGAUCAAGUCGGCUACAACGCACGUGUGUGCAUCCUCCUCCCCACGGCUGGAGAGAACCUAGAGGUCGUGUUCAAGGCGCUCGUAGGAGCCCUCUCCCAGCGUCUUUGGGACUCUGGCCUGCCCGGCAGCCAGACUCUUCGCGUUAUCGUCCUCGACGAGAAGCGUCGCCUCGAGGUCUACCGCGUGGCCGCCGGCGUACACAGGAUAGGAGAGCUGCUGGCUGGAAGGCGAAUCCAGCAGAUUCUCAUGGCUGAGGGCGUGACGGAGCUAACGCCGAAGGGGUUCAUCGACUGGUGCCGUAACGGGAGCGGUUAUGAGCGCAAGCACUUGUACGACGACAAGAAGCUCAACGAAGCCGUGCAGGUGCUGCGUCUCCUCGACGCCAUGUGUCUAGCCAACGGGCUGACGGACGCCUUCGCCCUUGAGGCAAGGCCUUCCUCCGCAACGUACAACCCCGUCACGGCGGCCGCCUGGAACGCGGCCGCGCAGGCGCAGAAGUCCAACAAGCCGAGCGUAGAGGCGGUGGCCCAGACAAGCGAUGCGGCACGGUCGGAAGCGGAGGCGAAGAUGUUGGGCGCCUCGGCGAUGAAUAUCACGCCAGGGUUCUUCGAGAUCUACGGCACGCACCUUGACCCUGACAACAUGGAGACCAGCAAAGAGGUGCAGAAGGGGCUACCCACGCUCAUCUAUUUCUCGAGGAAGAACGCCGGUACCCCCAAGAUCAGUCCCAAGGCUGGAAACAUGAACGCUGCCAUCUUCCCCGUGGAUGACCCCACCAUGACCCCUCUCACCGGAGACUCUACGAUCGUGGUCGUCAAUGAUGCGCGGCACCAGCUGGAGGGCAACUUCCUCCAACGGACAGUGCCGUACUUCUUCGAGCUCACUGGCGGACAUGCCACUGUGGCCUCGGGCGGACGCUACCGAUGGGCCAAGGUGGCGUUCGUGCAGACACCCCAGCGUUUCCGCAUGGAGCUCAGCAACGACCCCCUCGGCAACCACGCCAUCUCUCAGUACGACGUGAUCAACCACGGGAAGGACGGCAUCGGCGCCGUUUCUUCGAGUGGACAGGGCAGUCUGUGGCGCGUGGAGGCGCUCAAGGGCCAGCGUCCUGAUGGCAAGAUCGUAGACGAUCCGACGGAGCUAGACCUGGUGGGGAAGAAGUUAGGGUUCCGCUCGGAGAUGCUUAUCGAGGACACGCACACCUCCAUCGAGCUGUUCCGACAGGGGUGGCGCAGCGUGUACGUGAACGAGCCGGGAGAGGUGUUGGCCUGGUGCACCCACCAACCGUCCAGCCUGACAUGGCGUAUCAAGCAGGUCCUGCGGUGGCACCAGGGCGCCGUGCAGCUGCUGCUCUUCAAGGGCAUCCGGUACACGAGCUUCGGCGGGUACUUUCCCACCAUGUGGCAUCGCCUCUACGCCUUCGACCAGGCCACGUACUACCUCCAGGCUAUCCCCGGAUACGUGCUGCUGAUCAUGCCUAUCGUGUACGGAGUGUCGGGCACCCCCCCCUUCGUUACCAGCUUGAAGGAUUACUUCCAGUACUUCACGCCCUUCAUCGUGACGGCCCUGCUUCCCACGGCCAUCUCGAGCCAGUGGCGCAAGAUCGACUCUCACCGCCUGACGCGUGACGAGCAGACUUGGCUCUCUACCACCUACGUGCAGAUCUACGCCUUCCUUCAGGUUGUUUGGACCGGCUUGACCCGCAAGAGCCCUGAGAACGCCUGGGUAGCCAAGGUGCCUACCUGGCCUCUCACCUUCGUCUUCCUGGGGCAGGUGUUUGCGGUCGCGGGUGGCGUUUACUGGGUGGUACAGAAGGGGUUCGUGCUUUGGUACGCCAACUUCUUCAGUAUCAUCGUCGUCGCCGGGCUAGCGAUGCACGCGCUGUGGCCCAUGGUGUCUCUCAGCCUGGGGUGGAGCAUCCCCUCCUUCUACUACAUCAAGCUCUUCUUGUGGGUCUUCCUUGGCUUCUCGGCUGUGGUGCUGGCGAAUGUCUUCAGCGCAGAUUAACGGAAGGAAGGAAGGCGCUUCAUGCAGACGGGCGGCGCUUGGUGGCGCUGGUUUCUGUCCUAUGAGCGGACUUGGCGGGACAUUGCAGGCGUACGGUACAGGCUGACCGAGCUUGACGCGACGUACUCGUAUUUCGGCCCAGCAGCCUUGAAAUGCAUGUUUUUCGUUCGCGAUGCGGUGCUGGCAUGGUUACCCUGUUGUUGUCUUUGACUUUAGUCUUAGCUCGUCAGCAGUCCAGCUAGUCUCGUAGCAGCUAAACCACUAUGUAAAAGCCGUCAGACAUGCGUGCACUGCGACGCCUCUCUUUGGGGAAAAGAAUUUGGAGUCGAAUCGAGACCGCGAUCGAGUCGACUCGAGACCGCGAUCGAGUCGACUCGGGGAUUUGCUCUUGGUUGUGGAAGUAUUGUUGUCCGUGUUGGUUGGGAGUCGCACUUUGGUGGCGGAUGAGUUGGAGGAACCGAAGUGCGUAGAUUGAGCGCUUUGUCUGACAGCCUUGGGGCUUGAUGGCUCAAGUGUAUGCGUAUGCAUUGUAGUAUGUUGCUUGUUCCGUUGCAGGCACUUUUUUUGUCUUGUCAUAACUCAAGUCUUACCAGUGUCAUUCCUUGAGGUCGUGUAUUUCAAUUCCUUGUCCCCUUGUUUCGUAUUCGUGGUCUUUUUGCAUAAAUUAAUGUCUUUUUAUGAUGCUCGUCUCCAUCGAUUCAUUCGAGUCUUUUGCCAUACGCAGUAUUUGGUGGUGCCUGCCGUUUGCAGUAGGUGGUGCCGUAAGGAUGUGAGAAUGAUGCGUUCUGUAUGCAUGUCUUGAAAGCAGUAUCUCUCUCUCUCUCUCUCGCUCGCUCGCUCGCUCCGCCCUCCUUUUUUUUGUAUCUGUUGGAAUUAUAGUAGGGCGUCGUGUCAUUGCCGAAGAGAUGCGUAAAAAAAAAAAUGAUGUCUAAUGCGUGAAAAUCGCACCUCCCGGUUGCGCGGGGGUGCCAUUCUGAUGGAAGCCUGAGUGGUUCCAUCAUAGGGGAAUUGCCGAAUGUUACGGACGGGCGACGGGGGUCAAUCGUCGUUGCGUUGUCGCCAAGACGUGGGAGUUGUUGUAAGCAGGUGAUGCCUCACGAUGUUGCGGCUGCAUGACUGUAUUAGAACCUCCCGCGAUGAUGGCGAUUUUAUGAAAAGAAACACAUAUGCUUUUCUUGCCUUGUCCAUUUAAAGUUGUGGUAGGCAUUGUUAAGAUACAAUACUCGGUAGCAUCACAAGCGGCGGCAGCAGCAGCAUGCUCGCUAUUUCAAGGUGGCGUUUUCGUAAGCUGGAACCCCGGGGCAUGCGAAAACGCAAGCCCGUGUUGAAAGCGUGCUACACGUGGCGUAACAUGUCGGUUGUUGUAGAGAUGGGUGUCAUGUCAUGGUCUUGGUGGUGUUGCACAGCGGACAGGACAGGAAACAAGCGUAUUCAACACGAGAGAGGACUCAUCUUCGCUCGGGUACCCGUAUUACGUAUAGUACACGUGGAGUCGCUUUCACAGCAUUGGGUGUUGGUGGUGGUACGAGAACACAGUACAGAGCGGAGUGCCAUGCUGUGUGCAAGCGAGAUGGUGUACGAGCAAGGGUGAGGAUAUGUGUCCGACGGAUGUUGAGGUUAAGAUGAAGAUGGCUGGUGGCUUGUCGAUAUUUUUUGUGGACUAGCUGUGAUGGGAUAAUAUACUCGCAAUAUAAAGCUUGUUUGGGUGCUUGGCGGGCGUUAGGGGUUGUGGGCGCGCUGUAAUAUAAACAAAACCGAAAUAUACCUCGCUUCCGGUGUUUCUGUGCAUGUGCCUC